AUGUCUGAUCACUUUGCGUCAGAGCAAUCCCAGAACACCCACCAUCAGCCAGGAUCGGCGCCAGGUUCAUCUGUGACUGCUGAGGAUCCCGCCGCGUCUCUUCGUGCAGCUGCUCUUCUGACCCUCAAGUCAAAGCGUCGAAAAGCAUUAUCUCUUCUGGUUGAACCGAUGAGUAGUCUGCCGCCCCGCUCUCCUGCGGUUUCUUCCUCGAUCCAGCUUGAUUACGGUCAGGAAGAACCGUUAUCUGGUGCGUCUUCUGUAGCUUCAGCGCCAACAGCAUCUACUGCGUCGCACUCUACACCACCACCAGCAUCGGACGCUAUGGAAGUCGAUGAAGGCCAAGCAAGAGAAGAAGGCGAGAUCAGCGACUCUGAGACGGCUCCCCCCACUCCGGUCCCUCGGCCAGCGAGGCUUGCCGUCCCGGAACCACCACGGCCUCCUCCGCAAGAAUUGGUCAAACAGCCGAGUCUUCCAAAGGCACCGCCACCACUGAUCAAUACAGAACCCGUAGUCCUGUUACCGCUCGAUUCUGCGAGUAGCGUUGCGUCAGCUUCCGAGCCGCAGCUGCCCUCUCCGGCCCUUCCUUACGCAGUCGAUGCCAAUCAUGUGCGACCAGGACUGUCAAUGAACCAAGCCCAAUAUGACGCUGCGAAAGAUAUCGUAUUAGAUCUCCUUGGCUGGGGCGUCCCUCCGGAGUACCUAGUCAAUUGUGGCCUCACCCGUGCAAUUGUCUAUUACGUCUUCGUCGAGUUGAACCUUCGACUUCCUUCAAACCUUGAUACCACCGGAAUCCUAUCAUACGAGCCGACGAUGUUCCAGGAGCAGAAUGCGCUCAUCUCCGAUGUUGCGCCCCGUACAGACCCUACGUCAAUUUACUCGCAGCCGUCCAUCGCUGCUCGCCCAGGACCCGAUCAUCCUAGCCUCCCGCCGAGACCGGCUGUCCCUCAAGGCGGUGUUAAAACUGACUCUGCAAGUUUAUCCUCCAAAACGUAUGGUCUGUCUGUAGCGGCACCUUCUUUUGUUCCUGGCCUUCCCUCUACACCCACGCCUUCAGCCCCUACCAAUGCGAACUUACUCGAUAUGGAACAACAGAGACGCCAAGAGCUGUUGGCUCGUAAGGCGGUUCUGGACUCACGUAGACUCAAGCAACAGUCGUUAACCACUGUAUUGACCCCUUCUACACCUACGAUGGCCGAGCCGACGGACGUGGAGAUGGCAGCAGAGGUUCCCAAAUCAGUGGAUGAUUUUUUGAAGAGCAUCGAGCCUGCGGGUGGCAGUUCGAGCGAGAAGGGAAAGGCAGUGCCCGUCAGAGCACAUCCAUUGAGUCGGACGAGCACGUUUGACGAUAUGGACAUCGAUGAGCCGAUUCCUGGUUUGUCGGCAGUCAACGACGCGCUGUACGCCUCUCCGCCGUCGGCGUCGCCGAGCAGAUCGAUGUCGAUGUCUGAUAACGCGUCUCCAAUUACCACGUACGUGCCUGCACCACCGUCGUCGACAGAAAUCUCCUCGAGCACGUCGUCUUCCACCGUUGAAACCUCGGACAGUGGGCACCUUACGUUGAACGGCAGCGAUACAGACAUGGAUGCGAUACCUGGAUUGGUGCUGGAGCGUUCGCGGUCGGGUUCGAUGGGACGUGGUUCAGUGGGGCCAGCAUCGCGCAGAUCGGGGAAGCGGCCUGUCGCUGCCGACUUUGUCGACAUGGAGCCUGGUCCUUCGCGUUCGCAUUCGAGCAAUGGGCAUCGUUCAGGGCACUAUCAUUCUUCCAUGAGACGGAAACACGGUUCCUUUGCCGGUAUCAAUGGGAUGCGGCGCUGCGUCAUCAAUCUCAGCGAUAGUGAAGACGAGAUAGAGCAUACCAUCAAUGGUGAUGAUCAGCAGUACGAUGCAGGCGGGUCGUACGGAGGAGCGUCGGCUUCUAGUUCCCAUCUACCUGGAAUGCUGGGGUCGUCAAGAGUUAUGUCUCCUAGCUCUACACCGUCGGGCUUCAUGUCUCCGAGUGCACUGCUUGCGAAGGAAGCGGAGAUCAGAAAGAUGCGAGAGCUUAUCUCACAAAGAGAGCAGACCAGACUGCGAAAGCUUGCCACUUUGUCCCGAAGAUCAACACCGCCAACAGCCGCCGCUGUUAAGCGAGAGGAGGAUGAUUCGUUGUAUGCCGAAUCACUGGCGGGAUCCAGCAGUCAUUCUACUGAGGUGGGAACGCCCAACGUUGUGGCGAAGGAAGAACAGAACUCGACGCUCGUGCCUUCGCCGUCUGGCCCUCUACAGUUGUCAAUACCAUUACCAGAAUCAGUAUCGGCAUCUGACAGCAGCGCUGCAACCCCAAUCGAUGUGAUCAUGAAUUCCUUGGAGCAUGCCACCACGGGUGACAAAGUUUUGACCGCUGAAGCACGGCAAGAACAAGUGGUUAACGGAACACACUAUGCAAGUUGGAUUCCAUCUCGAAUCGAGGCUCAAGUCGACGUUGUCAGCUCUGAUGCGGUGGCGUCGGCUCAGAUAGACUCGCUUUCAAGUACUGAUCAAGAGCUACAGCAAGAUCAAGAGCAAACUUCUGGAUUUACUGCUUACUCUUCGCCGUUAGACUGUUACCCUACCUUACGACCUUACUUACAACACCCGUCGGGCGCUGGUGGCUCUGCAAGCGUACAUCAACGAACUAACAAGACAUUAGCCCUCAAUGUGGCAUCAUCUAUUGAUCUCGAGCCCCUGAAGAUGGUCGCUGCGGGAAGAGUUUUGAUGGACCCCACGAAACGGAUAUGUCGGUAUGAAAUUCCAGGAGGAGGAGAGUGCCGGGAUCGUAACUGCGAGGAUGUCCAUCUAUCGAGGUUAUCUUCGGUGGAGCCUAACGACGAAGAGACUGCACAGUACCUGUAUGCUGCAAUGCCGACAGGCUCGCCGUACAGCGCCGAAGACCUCCUGAAUACGCUUUCAGGCGUGCGACGGCACUCUGCAGGGGAAGCGUUCGACGAUCGUGUUUCGGAGGCGCUAGCGUCGCUGGGCUUGCGAUGA